GUGAACGUGACAGUGUAGUAUUUGAAAUGGCGAUUUUAACCGACAAUUGGUUAUUAGACUUUCUAAGUCUGUUUAUUACUUUAUUAGCAGUUACUUUAACAUGGAUAAAAUAUUCCCAUACUUACUGGCAACGUAAAGGUAUAUCUACACCGCCUACGAAGUUUCCAUUUGGACACGGUCAGAGUUUAUUCACUCAAUCCGAAUCAAUGGGCGAUUUUAUUCUAAAUAUUUAUAAAUAUUUAAAAAAACGCGAUCAGCCACAUGGAGGACUAACUAUUAUUAAUGCACCAGCUUAUAUGCCCAUAAACUUAGACAUCACUAAAGCUAUUCUCCAAAACGAUUUCAGGCAUUUUAUUGACAGAGGAGCCUAUUAUGACGAGAUCAAUGAUCCAUUAAGUGCUCAUUUAUUCUCAUUGGAAGGUGAAAAGUGGAAGAACCUUAGGGCGAAAUUAACUCCAACAUUUACUUCCGGCAGAUUAAAAAUGAUGUUCGAUACUUUAGUUACUUGUGGUGAUCAACUGAAAACGGAAAUGGACAAAACUGCAAGCAAGGAAGCUGUUGAAAUGAAGGAUAUGUUGGGUCGGUUCACUACUGAUAUCAUUGGAAACUGUGCUUUUGGAAUCGAGUGCAAUUCAUUGAAAAACCCGGAUAACGAAUUUCAUGGAUACUUCAAGUUAUUCUUUCUGAACACAUUUUGGGAGAACUUGAACGGCUUUAUUAGUUUCAUAGCCCCAGUAUUAGCCAAGAUGCUAAAACUUACAAUUGUUAAACCAAAAUUAGCAAACUUCUUCAUGAAAGUAGUUAAAGACACGGUGAAAUAUCGUGAAGAAAAUAAUAUUUAUCGAAAAGACUUCAUGCAUUUACUGUUGCAACUGAAAAACAGAGGACAACUGGUGGACGAUAACAGUGUAUUGAGUGAAGAAAAUGAGAAAAAACACCAAGUUAGUCUAACAGUGAAUGAAAUUGCCGCCCAAUCGUUUGUGUUUUUCCUGGCUGGGUACGAGACUUCAUCGACCACUAUGACUUUCUGUCUUUUUGAACUGGCAUCGAAUCCUGACAUACAAGAAAAACUGCGAAAAGAAGUUCAAGAAGUACUCGAAAGACAUGAAAAUAAACUGACAUACGAUGCUAUUAUGGAGAUGCAUUACAUGGAGCAAGUUAUUAAUGAAACUUUAAGAAAAUAUCCACCACUUCCUAACUUGAGUCGUAUAUGCACAAAAAAUUACACAGUCCCUGGAACAAAUCUUGUCAUAGAAAAGGGCACUGCAGUACUUAUUCCAGUUAUGGGGAUUCAGCAUGAUUCAGAAUACUAUCCAAAUCCCGAAAAGUUUGACCCAGAAAGAUUUUCAGAAGUAAAUAAGAAAGAACGACACCCGUGUGCUUUUCUACCAUUUGGUGAAGGUCCCCGAAUUUGUAUAGGUCUCCGAUUCGGAAUGUUACAAACAAAAGUUGGACUCAGCGUUCUCUUGAAGAAUUAUAAAUUUUCGAUUAAUUCGAAGACACAAUUACCUCUAAAAUUUAAUCCAUCAUCUUUUAUAUUGAGUCCAGUGGGAGGAAUGUGGCUUGACUACAUAAAACUAUAAAAUUUGAAAAUUUGUGUAUACGAAAACAAAUACAAUAUAUCUUGAGGUUAUACGUUAUUGUGAGAUACUGCGAUAAUACUUACUUAUGCAGUAAAUAGUUAUUUACGUAUCUAGUCAGGAAUAACAUUGUUUUUUGUAGCCGUAAAUUCGUAAAUUUUUCACUUUUAACUAAAGAAUUUAUAGUUUUAUUUAAUACCUGCACUGGGCUCUGAAAUAAUAAAAAAUAUGUGUA